AGCAAGCACCUAUUACUAUAUUUCAUCACUCACAUGACAACAAAGCUCAAGUAGGAAGAGGCCAAAUCUGGUUACAACAACAUUGUUUUCGACACGCCCUCAUAUUCCUAAAGCAUACGCUUCCCGUGUUUACAUUACACCUUUCACCCUGUUUCAUGUCUUUUAUCUCCCACCUGAAAAUGGCAUCAACCAUGAAGGAAAUAAUCCUCACUAGCUCCACUGACGGCCCCAUUGUCGCCUGCGAUGCUUCCUCGGGUGCCACCUUAGCUCGCUUCAUGGGUAGCCGGUCACCUCGCAAAGGCCUCGCACUUGCGGGAAAGAAACUCAUUGCUGCUUCUCAUGUCUGCUCCGACACCGGUUCUGGCUCAGUUCACCUCUAUAACUGGUGGUCCUCAACUUCGUUUCACAAUCUCCCUGUUCCUGAACCCGUUGCUCCACUCGCUGCCACUCUUGACGGCUUGUAUCUCUUCGCCGGUGGCCUUUCAGGCCAUAUCCAUGCACUAUCACUCCCUUCAGGAGACUUCGUCCAUUCAGUUGCUGCUCACUCCAAAGCUGUAUCUUGCCUUGAGAUCAACCAUGACGGUUCGCUUCUAUUUUCGGGUAGUGAUGACGGAACCAUUGCAGUACUUCCAAUCUAUAAACUUUUGGAUGAUUCACCUAAUAAGAAUUCAACAAACAUCAUCUUACAGCGAUUUGUUGGACAUGGCUCUUCUGUAACUACCAUUGUUACUGGUAUUGGAGGAUCCAACUGCACCAUACUCUCGUGCUCAUUGGACUGCACAUGUAAGUUCUGGAGCCUUAUGCACGGGACAGAGCUCCGUACAGUGGCAUUCCCAAGUACAAUUUGGAGUGCAGUGAUAGACCCCACGGAGUCGGAGUUUUACAUAGGAGGGUCGGAUGGGUUAGUUUACAGUGCAGCACUGAAGGUGGCGGGCAGAAACCUGGUGAAACAAGGGCGUGAGAUGGUCUCGUGGGCACAGAGGCAUGACAGAGCAAUUGUUGGCAUGGCAAUGAUGAACAGGGGAAGAAAUCUGGUCACUGCUUCGGAAGAUGGGAGUGUUUGGAUUUGGGAGGUGGAGAGAAGACAGGUGAUUAAGGUUGUUCUUGAUCAGGAGAAGGGAAGCAUCAGUGAACUGCUCGUGGCCAAGGGGUUUGGUGAUGGUGGAGAAAGUGGAGUUAGAAUGGGCGGAGGCAACGCCGAGUCAAGUGGAUGGAGUCUAGGGUUAUCUGGUGGGGAGUUGAGUAGGCCAAUAAGGGAAGUGAUGGACAUGGAACAGACGUUGAGUGUUCUGGCACAGGAUAGGAGCAGAGCCAUUGACACGCUCGGAUCAGCUAUUGAGACUUAUGAGAAACUUUUGGAACUCAUUCUCAAGGAGGCCAAAAGGGGAACUAACAGCAACAAUAGUGAUGAAGAAUAG